GAGUAUAAACACCAGCAGGACCUACUCCGGGCUUUAAAACCUGCGAACACGCUGCUGCCUCCAAACUGCCUGGGGGGUGAUGUGCUGAAGUGGCAGAAGGGAGAGCAGCAUGAGGCUCCAGCUGGAGAAGCAGCUUCUCUUCCUCUCCCUCCUCUGCAUCCUCUCCAAGGUGUGUGCCCAGCUGUGCCGGAGACCGUGCUACUGCCCCUGGGUGCCACCCCGCUGCCCCCGCGGGUCCCCCCUGGUUCUGGAUGGCUGUGGCUGCUGCAAGAUCUGUGCCCGGCGCCUGGGGGAGCCCUGUGACUUCCUCCACGUCUGCGACCAGAGCCAGGGCCUCGUCUGUGACUACAGCACAGCACCGGCCGGGACAGGAGGCACCUGCAACUUCGAGGAUGACGAGGAGGGCUGUGAGGUGAACGGCCGGGUCUAUCGAGAUGGAGAGAUUUUCCAGCCCAGCUGCAAACUGCAGUGCCGCUGCCUGGACGGGGGCUUCACCUGCAUCCCGCUGUGCCAGGAGGACGUGCGGCUGCCCACCCCGGACUGCCCCUACCCACGGCGUGUGGAGAUCCCAGGGAAGUGCUGCCCCGAGUGGAUCUGUGGAGCCCAGGACCAGCACCUCCUCCGGGAUGCCAGGGCAGGUAAGAUGCAGGGCACCUCCAGGGAGGGGAUGCCCGGGCAGGUCUCUGGGGAUGGCCCCUUCACCCCAGGCUCUGAAACAUCCCCUCGCAUUCCUCUGCCACGCGGGGCUCUGCCCGCAGCACCGCAGGGCAUCUGCACAGAGCCUGGCUCCAACCACCCUUUAUCCUCUCCUCUCUUAUCUUUCAGCCCCCGGGGCACUGUCCCCAGUGCUGCCAUACCCCUGCCAGGAGUGGAGCACAGAGUGGAGCGCCUGCUCGGCCACCUGUGGCGUGGGCUUUGCCACCCGCGUCUCCAACCAGAACCGCUACUGCCGGCUGGAGACUCAGAGGCGGCUCUGCGUGGUCAGACCCUGCCCUGCCCUGCCCGCAGCGUUCCCGGCGAGGGGAAGAGGAGGUCGUUUGUAGCUGUGCCCACCCUGGUUUCAUCCCGGAGCCAACGUCUCAUCCCGGCAAAGAGUCUGGCACAAACCUAUGGCAUUGUGGUUUUGGUGAAGAUGGAGAAACUAGAGAAGUUUCCAUCAGGAAACUAGAGAAGAACUGAUGGACUUUGGCUGCAAAGGAGGCUGGAAAUAGAGAACAAGAUCCCCCUCUCACUCAGCACCUGCCUCCUCUGUGCACCCUGCUGCCCCAGGCAGGGUUAGUGGGCAGCAUUCCCGAGUUUUUUAGGCUGAAUGAAAUGGGAAAUGGGGAAACCCUGCCCCAAGCAUGAACCCACCCAAGAAGCCAGGAAUUGGUCCUUUCCUGGAUCAGUGGAGCUUCUGGAGAGGUGAUGCUGCGACUCCACCACAUCACACAGCUCUGCAAGAGAGGCCAUCUCCAGCACCUGGAAGCCCAAAUCCCUGGAGGGAACCCUCACGCCCUGGCCCCCCAGGGAGGGAGCAGGUACCUCAGGCUGCACCCACAAGUCACUGCCGUGCCAGGCUGAGCUGCUCCACCGUGCGGGAGCUCGGCCAGCCCACGAUACCCACCCCGCAAACAGCGGCUCCUCCCUGGGCAUGGGCAGGGUCCUCCUGCUGACAGCUCUAAUUCACCUUCCCUGCAUCCCUCCAGAACAAACACGAGCCUUCCCGCUCCUCCUGGCCCCCUCCUCUCCCAGGCGCUGGCGGUUUGGCAGAGCUGCGGCGAGCGGGGAGCUCAGACGGAGACACCGUCCCGCGGCACCAGACAUACCGCCUGCCAUCCAAGCACAUUCCCUGGGAGCCCGGGCCAAAGGAAAAGCAGGAGAAAGAGAAAACAAAAUCGCAAAGAUGAGUCGGAGCCGCCUCCCGACGGGCUGGAGCUGCUCCAGCUGCGCAGGAGAGCUGCUCGGCGGUUCUGGCUGUGCUUUCCCUCGGCAGUAACCCUUGUGGGCGACGGAAAAUGAAACCCAAAUGCCCUCUAACGGCCUCGCAGCAGCGUGCAGAGGGAAGGUCCCACCGCAGGGAC